AUGACGUGCAUUUUGUCGCUUGUAGAUGAGCUGAAGGCCCCCUUGGAGGAGUACGUCCAGAAGCGCUACCCGGGGCUGGUGAAGGUGGUGCGGAAUCAGAAGAGAGAGGGCCUGAUCCGUGCUCGCAUUGAGGGCUGGAAGGUGGCCACCGGCCAGGUCACUGGCUUCUUUGAUGCCCACGUGGAAUUCACUGCUGGCUGGGCCGAGCCAGUUCUAUCCCGCAUCCAGGAAAACAGGAAGCGAGUGAUCCUGCCCUCCAUCGACAACAUCAAGCAGGACAACUUUGAGGUGCAGCGGUACGAGAACUCGGCCCACGGGUACAGCUGGGAGCUGUGGUGCAUGUACAUCAGCCCCCCGAAAGACUGGUGGGACGCCGGAGACCCCUCCCUCCCCAUCAG